AUGACUAGCUUGAAGCGUUCAUAUGCCGCUGAUCCCAGCGCGCAGAACCUCUCCAGCAAAGUCUACGUGAGGUCUACUAAGAGUGGCAAGGUACAGAAGAUUGUCAGAGAGCUCUACCUGAGACAAGACAUCCCUUGUUCAUCUAGAUUGUGUUCCAGAUGCGUGGAGAAUGCUCCCACCGACUAUCACAACAAGGUGUCUCCCUUUGUACUCUCAGAGACGCCCGCAGGUACCAAGAGCUUCCCGCAAGGCCACUACCUUGUUCCCGACACCAAUGCUCUCCUCACUGCAAUGGACCUGUUCGAGGUCGAAACGGCGUUCCGGGAUGUCAUCGUGCUCCAAACAGUUCUUGAAGAAGUCAAAAAUCGAUCCCUGCCGCUGUAUCACCGCCUCAUCAGCUUGACCAAGAACGAGGACAAGCGUUUCUAUGUCUUCUUCAACGAUUUUAGACAGGAAACCUACGUGGUCCGCGACGCCGGCGAGACCAUCAAUGACCGUAAUGACAGGGCUGUCCGGAAAGCCGUUCAGUGGUAUAGUCAGCAUCUGCAAGCAGCUGUCAAGGCGCGCAGGUCAGGACGGACACCAGCAGUAGUUAUGAUCAGCGAUGACCGAGAAAACUUGCGUAAAGCAGAAGCGGAGGGCAUCUCUGCAUUAUCGUUGUCAAAUUACGUUUCCGAACUUGAGAAUGCGAAUCAGCUGCUUGACAUGGUUAGCGAACGGCGGGAGCAGCGCGAUAACCGCGGCGGCAAAGUCGAACUUCUAUAUCCUGAGUACUAUUCGAUUUCGAAGAUGAUGACCGGUGUUAAAGCAGGCACCAUGCAUCAAGGCAUCUUCAACGUCUCACAAUACAACUACUUGGAAGGCUCUGUGCACGUGCCAGCAUUUGAGCGCUCUCUUCUGAUUUUAGGGAGGGAAAACAGCAACCGCGCUGUAUCAGGAGAUGUCGUUGUCGUCGAGGUGUUACCCAAAGAUCAAUGGAAAGCACCGUCCUCCAAGGUCAUCGAAGAGGAAGAAUUUAACAAGGACGACAACCCAGACGUCGAGGAGGGCGAAGCAGUGGUCACGGACCGGGAACGGCGCGCACUCCAAGAAGAGGUGAAGAGAGUUCAGGGCAAGGGCGUGGAAGGUCGGCCACAGCCUACAGCUCGAGUUGUGGGUGUGGUGAAGCGCAACUGGCGGCAAUACGUUGGGCAUAUCGACAAGGACUCCGUAAGGACAUCCAACAGGGAGAGCCGCGCGCAACAGACUGUCUUCCUCAUCCCAAUGGACAAGCGGAUACCGAAGAUCAGAGUACGGACGCGGCAGGCAGGGGAGCUCCUCGGUAAGCGAGUACUCGUCACGAUCGACUCUUGGGACCGGGAGUCGCGGUACCCUGUGGGUCACUUUGUCCGAUCACUCGGCGAGCUGGAGUCGAAAGGAGCGGAGACCGAAGCACUGCUACUUGAGUACGACGUGCAGUAUCGGCCUUUCCCUAAGACCGUCCUCGAUUGCUUGCCGGCAGAGGGACACGACUGGAAAGUCCCGGCCAGCCUUGAGGACCCUGGAUGGAGAGGCAGAAGGGACCUGCGAGAUCUUCUAGUCUGCAGUAUUGACCCGCCUGGAUGCGUUGAUAUUGACGAUGCGCUGCAUGCACGCCAACUACCGAACGGCAACUUUGAGGUUGGCGUACAUAUCGCAGAUGUAUCGCACUUUGUCAAGCCGAACAACGCCAUGGACAAGGAAGCUAGCAUGCGAGGCACCACCGUGUACCUAGUGGACAAGCGCAUCGACAUGCUACCAAUGCUCUUAGGUACAGAUCUCUGCUCCCUGAAGCCGUACGUCGAGCGCUAUGCCUUCUCUGUACUAUGGGAGAUUACACCCGACGCUGAGGUUGUAAACUCAAACUUCACCAAAUCCGUUAUCCGCUCCCGCGAAGCCUUCAGCUACGAGCAAGCUCAAAUCCGCAUCGAUGACGCUUCCCAGAAAGACGACCUGACCAAAGGCAUGCGCACCCUUCUGAUGCUCUCCAAGAAGCUCCGCCAGAAGCGUAUGGACGCCGGAGCUCUCAAUCUCGCCUCUCCAGAGGUCCGCAUCCAGACCGAGUCUGAGACGUCCGACCCGGUCGACGUACAAACCAAGCGCCUCCUCGACACAAACUCCCUCGUCGAAGAGUUCAUGUUGCUCGCCAACAUCUCCGUAGCCGGAAAGAAUUACUCCGCCUUCCCGCAGACCGCGCUUCUACGCCGCCAUGCCGCACCACCGCGAACGAACUUCGAGGAACUGCAGAACCAGCUCAAAGUCAAGCGCGGCAUGGAAUUACGCACCGACUCGUCCAAAGCACUGGCCGAGUCCCUCGACACGUGCGUAGACCCGCAGGAGCCCUUCUUCAACACGCUGAUCCGCAUCAUGGCUACCCGCUGCAUGAUGUCCGCCGAGUACUUCUGCUCCGGCACGCAGGCAUACCCAGAGUUCCGCCACUACGGCCUUGCCUCAGAAAUCUACACGCACUUCACCUCGCCCAUACGACGCUAUGCGGACUUGGAGGCCCAUCGUCAGCUCGCGGCCGCUAUCGACUACGAGCCGCUGGAUCCGAGCCUCCGCAGCAGGAGCAAGCUCGAGGCCGUGUGCAAGAACAUCAACGUCCGGCACCGCAACGCGCAGAUGGCGGGGCGAGCGAGCGUGGAGUACUACGUUGGUCAGGCACUUAAGGGGCGUGUGGUUGAGGAAGAGGGCUUCGUAAUGAGGGUGUUUAGCAAUGGAUUUGUGGUGUUUGUGCCGAGGUUUGGCAUUGAAGGGCUCAUUCGGUUGAGGGAUCUGGGGACCCCAGAGCCAGAGGGAGAGUUUGAUGCCGAGAAUUACGUGCUCAGGGUCAGGGGGUCAAGGGAGGUGAAUGUGGAGUUGUUUGAGAAGGUCAAGGUCAGGAUUAGCGAUGUGGCGGAGGAGAGUACGGGGAAGAGGAAGAUUAGGCUGGAGCUGUUGUAG